AAUCUUCUCGGUGUUCCUAAAUCAUUUCGGGGCGAACACGUCUUCUUCAAGCAGUGAGGUGAGUUUUAUGUUUGAUGGGUGUGUGUGCCCAAACUUUAAACACCACAAAAGGAUUAAAAAAGGUUUCUAAUAUUUUUUUAUUUAUUGUAAAAACCUACAUACCCUUUCCUUUAAUCAUAUUUAACAUGAUUGUAGUAAUUUAUUUUAAUUUGAUUAAAACUUUUUCUCCCUAUCAUAUGAUCGAUUUUAAAAUUUAAAAAAAAAAUCUCUCUUUUCUUGCUCGCAAUAUUUUAAAUACCAGCUAAAGAGGCACUAGGGAAGAUGACGUGAGCCGUCUUGUCAACGUAAAUAUGAACACAAUUAAAUGAUUAAGACCAUGUAAUACAUUUUUACGGAUGGUUCCACAAAUAUUUUACUGGUCCGCCCAUGACAGAUGCUGUUUCUUUGACCUCUAGAUUGACCGGCUGCUGAACCACCCGAGCGUCAUAUAUAAAGAAGACCAUUUUUAUCCAACCUUCCUGGACUACGAGGUAAGAGCAAGUAGCAAGUAGCUUCAACACUGUAAUGACGGUCUUCUUUAAUAGCACAGGGGCCCGUGUGGGGGCCGUCCUGACGAGUGGGCAUCACCAACGUGCCGCUCCGCGGCCCGAUACGUCGGACCGGGGAGGGGUAAUUGGGGGGGGGCAUAAGAGUCUAGACUCGCCCCGCUGACGCCAUUUCUUAAUGUAACAUUUCAAUAGCACAGUCAGUAUCAUAUCCGCACCGUCAGCAUUAGUGGCCAACCUGUCAGUAUAAGUAGCCACACUGUCAGCAUCAUAUCCGCACCGUCAGCAUUAGUGGCCAACCUGUCAGUAUAAGUAGCCACACUGUAAACAUACAUGAAUUACUAAUGUCUCGAAUAUGUAUUCUUCGAUAUUUCUUUCCUUCUGAUAUAGGGCCUAUCUAUGGAGUUUAAUUUUAUUGAUGCUUUCCUCUACUUUACAUUAUUAAAGCUUACCUUAUAUUGUUAGAUUGACACAAUUUGUUGGUGUCUAUUGAAUCUAUUUGAAAGCUUUAUUUCAGUCCAAGACUUUUUAUAAUUAGUUAAGUAAAUCCUUUAAAUUAACUUUGCUUUUGUUUGUGACCGGCACAAAUUUAAGACGUCUACUUGGCUCACUUCCAUUGGCCCUAUCGAGCCCAAACUUUGCAGGUGCACUCUUUGCCAAUGACAACAUAUUUCUAUCAAAUUUUCAUCCCUUAAAAACCAAUUUUUCCUUUUUUUCAAGGAGAAGGUGAAGGAAAUAUAUGGCCACCGACUUCACAAAAUAAAAUUCCCGAUAACUGCGCUAAAUAAGAUUAUUUAAAAAAAAUAUCACAAGUGCGUUUGCUGCGUAAUAAUUUUUUUUCUACAAUAGUUUGUGAAAUAAAUAUGCAGUUAAAUAGCGGGUGGGCCCGUUAUAAUAUUAAUAAUUAUUAAAUAACAAAAAAUUCAUACCAAGAAUUGAAACGGAAAAAAUCUUUUUAGGGGUUAAAUUAUUUCGUCUUUAACGAUCCUAAUAUUGUAUUUCGGCACUUCAUAUGAACACCUCUUCAAUACUCUGAAUAUCUCAUUUUUUUUUGUUCCCAGGUUCAUGCUAAUGACAAAGAGUUCUACAUUCAAUACAUUUUCAACAGCCUCAUCCAAAAGUCUACCAUCACAAACUCGACCACCUUGACCAGUUACGUGGACACCUUGCAUGACAUCAUUCAAGAUGGCAUCGGGUGUAUGGCCACUUUGAUUGGAGGUCAGUACCCGGAAGUGGUAACAACGGGCACGAUUCAAAUAAUUCGUCAGCAAACAAAGUCAUAGUAUUAUCAUCCCUUUAAAAGAAAAGAAAAAAAUUGUUUUAAAAAGAUGUUCGCUGAAUCUAUCAUGCAGUACACUACCUGUCUCACCAAAGUAGCUCAAGCGAUACCUUCGGAAAGCCAUCACAUAAAUAGCAUCAUAAUUAUUUUUUUGGAAAGUCACGGGAACAAAAUACCAAAAUACCAACGCAAGCAAACAUUCAAUAUUUUAACCAAAAAAGAGAGCAAUUUUUAAAAAUGUUUUUUAUCGUUAUUUUUUUUAAAAAUCAGGCUAUUACAAUUAUUUCAAUUUUUAAUCCACGCUUCACCCAUUUCAACUUUUUUCAAUUUGGGGGUGCGGUGGGUUGGGGUGCACGGGGCGGGAUGGGAGUGUCAUCCAGGGUUUCUUUCAGCUAUAUCUCCGGGGAAGGGGGGCACUGUGCCCCCCCCUGGGGAAAGCCAAGUGCCCCCACAGAGCAAAAAUAUGUCCAACAAUAAAUCAACUGGAACUCCUGGCACUGCCCCCCCAAACACUGGUGUCAACCAUAAUUGAUGACACGCAUGGUGUGUAAAUUUUGUAACAAUUUUGAAACGCUAGCGGGAGAGGGUCCCGAAAUCGGCUUAAAUAACGUAAAGUCAUGUAGGAAUGGCCCAUUUAAGAAAUAAUAAUGACAAUGAUAUAAAUUUUAAAAAAAUAUUCUUUAUGCAACAGGUAAUAUGAUAUCCUCUCCUGUGGGCAGCACCCCAGUACAUCCGGGACUUAGGUCCGGCAUUAUGGCUAAUUCUUGCGGCAAAGAAUGGCCCCUAGCAUCAGGAGCUGCCGACGAGGCAGGUAUCGAUGCGGCUUUAAAAGGGGCCCAUAAGCUAUACACGUUCGGUUACGGCUCUUACAUCAACGAGCCGGCGGAGGAUAUGCCAGACUGGAAAACAAGAUUUUGGGCUGAUGAUGCAACAUACGCAAGGUUAGCCGGGAAAAAAAAAAUCAAAUAACACUGGGAGUCUAAAUAAGUGGUAUAAGUGGUUCUUAAAUCGUAUAAGAGCACUUUGUAUAAACUUAACAAAUAUUUUGGGGAAAUCCUUAUAUAACUAAAGAACAUUAUAAAUUAUAACUUUUGUUUCUGAUAAUUCGAAUUUUAAAAAUAAAUUAAUUAAAAAUAAUAAUUUUCACAAGCAGAUGCAACAUUUUUAAAAAGUUUGAAUUAAAAUUUUGUCAAACUAGUUUUAGAGACAUUUGGUGAAUAAGCGGUUGCUCUGAACUAUAGUUGAAUAUCGUAAUAAUAAAUGUAUUAUCUUCUUAAACUUCAUGGGUUCUUUGGGACUUUUGAGCGUUAUAGUACAAUUGAUUCCAUGGUCUCAAUUGGUUAUACACAUUCUUUAACUCAAGACCUUCAACCUCUGGAAUAACUAACAGAAAAUGGAGAAAUCAACGGUAGAUAUUUUGCCCUUUUUAAGUUCAGUUUCCCGAGAGAAAGAUAACAUUUUCCCCAUCACCUUGGUAGGCACAUUUAUUUUUCCAGCUAAGCUGGUGCAAUUUUCUGUGAGUAAUGCCCUUUAGGUACUCUUAACCUUUAUCCAUGCAUAGCUCCCCCCCCCCCCCAUACCCACACUUUUUUGUUUUUCAGACUGCUGAGCAUCAAGAAGAAGGUUGACCCUGACAACUACUUCUGGUGUCACAACUGUGUCGGUUCGGAUCUGGGCCAGGGUUACGGUUCGCCAUUUUCUCAAGGGAUUCCCGGAAAUCCCAGUGCUACUUUCGCUUUCAGGUCUGACGUCGAAUUCGAUGAGAUCAAAACUGUGAGCGUGACUCCGGGCACUGACGUCAUCAUUGGUUGAUUUGCUAACAGAUCUGAACUGGGUUAUUUUGAGGACACAUGAAGAUGAAU